UGCGGCUGCCCCUCUGUGCCAUCCUCCACAUGUAACUCCUCUCUCUGCUCUCCCUUCCAGCAGCGAUGCCGUCACCUGGGCAGACCCCGAGCGCCGGCAGCCCGAGGACGUCGUAGCGCUGCGGACCCCGGGCAGGAGGCAGGGAAGAGCCUUGAACCGUGAGGGGCCGUUAACUCUAAGAUGUCCUUGAGCAGCGGAGCUUCCGGAGGGAAAGGAAUCGAUGCGAACCCGGUAGAGACGUACGACAGCGGGGAUGAAUGGGACAUUGGCGUAGGGAAUCUAAUCAUUGAUCUGGACGCUGAUUUGGAGAAGGAUCAGCAGAAGUUGGAAAUGUCAGGCUCCAAGGAGGUGGGGCUCCCGGCGCCCAACGCGGUGGCGACCCUACCUGACAACAUCAAGUUUGUGAGCCCGGUGCCAGGCCCGCAAGGCAAGGAGGGCAAAUCCAAGUCGAAAAGGAGCAAGAGCGGCAAGGACAGUGGCAAACCGGCCCCGGGCAGCUCCUUGUUCACGGCCGGUGAGGGAGCUGGGGGCAAGAAGGAGGCUCAAGGACGCUCUGGGGAUGGCGCGAACUCGGGGGGUUUGGGGCCUGCUGUCACCCCCAAGGGCUCAGAGAAGUCGGCCAAGGCGUCUCGCAGCGUGGCCGGCUCCAAGAAGGACAAGGAGGGCAGUUCGUCCAAAAGCAAGAAGGAAAGGAGUGAGGGUGCGGGGGCUCCGACGGAGAAGGAGCCUGGUGUGCUGCAGCCCCUGGCCCUGGCUGUGAGGGUGGGACAGUACGAUGGUGGCCAGGGGACGGAGCCUGCUGCUGCCACCGAGCAGCUUGGGAGUAUAGCUAUUGACACAGGAGCUGCGCUCAACCCCUUGGGAGUUAAGUCAGAGCUGGAGGAUGGGGAAGGAGAGUGCCGGCAGCUGAAAAAGGUCAAAUCGGAGAAGAUGGAAUCUCCGGUCUCCACGCCCGCCGUGCUGCCUUUGCACCUCCUUGUCCCCGUGGUCAACAACGACAUCUCGUCGCCGUGUGAGCAGAUCAUGGUGCGCACCCGCUCCGUCGGUGUCAACACCUGUGACGUGGCGCUGGCCACCGAGCCCGAGUGCCUGGGGCCCUGCGAGCCCGGCACCAGCGUCAACCUGGAGGGCAUCGUCUGGCAGGAGACGGAGGACGGUAUGCUGGUGGUCAACGUGACCUGGAGGAACAAGACGUACGUGGGGACGCUGCUGGACUGCACGCAACACGACUGGGCACCUCCCCGGUUCUGUGACUCUCCCACCAGCGACCUGGAGAUGCGCAACGGCCGGGGCCGAGGCAAGCGCAUGCGUCCCAACAGCAACACACCUGUGAAUGAGACGGCCGCCGCCUCGGACAGCAAAGGGACCAGCAACAGCAGCAAGACCCGGGCAGGAGCGAACAGCAAAGGGCGCCGUGGGAGCCAGAACUCCUCGGACCACCGCACGCCGCCCAGCGGCUCGGCGGAAGACGUGAAGGCCAGCCCCUCGUCCGUCACCAAGCGGAAGAGCAAACCCCUCUCCGACAUGGAGCUCAACUCCAGCUCGGAGGACUCCAAGGGCAGCAAACGCAUCCGCACGAACUCGAUGGGCUCGGCAGCUGUGCCCCCCACCACGGUCAAGGUGGAGCCAGCUGUCCUCGACCGCAACUGCCCCUCUCCCAUCCUCAUCGACUGUCCCCACCCCAACUGCAACAAGAAGUACAAGCACAUCAAUGGACUGAAGUAUCACCAGGCCCACGCGCACACGGACGAUGACAGCAAGCUGGAGGCCGACGUGGACAGCGAGUACGGCGAGGAGCCCUCCCUGCACGCCGACGUUGGGAGCUGCAACGGUGCCUCUGUGUCACAGAAGGGCUCGCUUUCGCCUGCGCGCUCCGCCACCCCCAAGGUCCGCUUGAUGGAGCCCCACAGUCCCUCCCCAUCCAGCAAGUUCAGCGCCAAGGUCCCCAGCAAGAAGAAGCUGGCAGGGGAAGGAGACACUGACCCCGGUGCCCUGUCUAAUGACGGCUCCGAGGAUGGUCCCUCGGUGGCCGAUGAGACGAGCAACGACGGCUUCGACACGCUGGAGAAGAGGUGCGUGGAUAAAGACAAGUCCAAGAAGGCAUCUGGUGCUAAGCAGGAGAAGAUGCCUUCCAAAAGCUUGAAGUCUGCCAGACCCAUUGCCCCUGCCAUUCCCCCGCAGCCUAUUUACACCUUCCAGACGGCCACCCUCACCGCAGCCAGCCCCGGGUCCUCCACGGGCCUCACCACCACGGUGGUUCAGACCAUGCCGAGCAGCCCCCAGCUCAAACCCAUCCAGCCUAAACCUACGGUGAUGGGAGAGCCCUUCGCGGUCAACCCUGCACUCACCCCUUCCAAGGAGAAGAAAAAGAAAGACAAGAAGAAGAAGGAGCCCAAGGAGGUAGAAAACCCUCUGACUCCUGGCAAGGUGUGUAGGGCAGAGGAAGGGAAGAGCCCGUUCCGGGGGGAAACGAGCGACCUCGGGACAAAAAGUGAGGGACUGCUGAACGGCUCCUCCGACCCCCACCAGAGUCGGCUUGCUAGCAUCAAGGCUGAGGCGGAUAAAAUCUACAGCUUCACUGACAAUGCCCCAAGCCCCUCCAUCGGUGGUGCCAGCAGGCUGGAGAACGCCAACCCUGCCCAGCCCAUGACCCCACUGCACGUUGUCACCCAGAAUGGGGCGGAAGCGAGCUCAGUAAAAACCAACAGCCCUGCCUACUCGGACAUCUCUGAUGCCGGGGAAGACGGCGAGGGCAAGAUGGAGAGUGUGAAGGCAAAGGAUCCAGAGCAGCUUGUCAAGGAUGGAGCCAAAAAAGCUCUUUUCCCCCCACAACCUCAGAGCAAAGAGUCUCCCUAUUACCAAGGCUUCGAAACCUACUAUUCCCCUGGCUACCCUCAGGCAAGCCCGGGGCCCUUGAACCCCAGCAGCCAGGCUGUGGCCGAGACACAAGCCUUGAAGCUGAAGAAGGACGAGGAGCAGGAGAGCCCAGAGGUGAAGGUGAAGAGCGAGGGCGUUGAAGAGAAGAAGGCAGAGCUGGGCAGCUCCAGCCAGCAGCCCUCUGUCAUCCAGCAGCGUCCCAACAUGUACAUGCAGUCCCUCUACUACAACCAGUACGCCUACGUGCCGCCCUAUGGCUACAACGAGCAGGGCUACCACGCUCACCUGCUGAGCACCAACCCUGCCUACCGGCAGCAGUAUGAAGAGCAGCAGAAGCAGAGGCAGAGCCUGGAGCAGCAGCAGCAGAGAGGACUGGAGAAGAAGGCAGAGCUCGGCAUGAAGGAGCGGGAGGCAGCUCUCAAGGAGGAGUGGAAGCAAAAGCCGCCCAUGCCCCCGACGCUCACCAAGGCCCCCAGCCUCACCGACCUUGUCAAGUCAGGGCUGAGCAAGACCAAGGAGCAGGGAGGUGCUGACAUGGCCAAAUCUGUCAUCAUCCCCAAGCUGGAGGACUCGUCCAAGCUGUCAGGCAGCCAGGUGGCCGAGGGGCUGAAGGUGAAGCUGAGCGAGGCCGGCCACCUUGGCAAGGAGACCGCAGAGACAAAGGGAGGCUCGGAGUGCGGUCGGCAGGCAGAGGUGGACCCUGUGCUCUGGUACAGACAGGAAGCAGAGCCCCGGAUGUGGACCUACGUUUACCCAGCAAAGUACUCGGACAUCAAGACGGAGGAUGAGCGAUGGAAGGAGGAGCGGGACAGAAAGUUGAAGGAGGAAAGAAAUCGAAGCAAAGAAGUGGUGUCCAAGGAGGAUGGGAAGGAGAGCACGAGCUCCGAGUGCAAACUGACCCCCACUGAGGAAGCUCGCAUGGUGGGGAAGGACCCCAGGCCCAGUGUCCACGUCCCUGUGUCCUCCCCCCUCACGCAGCACCAGUCCUACAUCCCCUACAUGCACGGCUACUCCUACAGCCAGUCGUACGACCCCAACCACCCCAGCUACCGGGCCAUGCCCACCGUCAUGAUGCAGAACUACCCAGGCUCGUACCUUCCCUCCAGCUAUUCCUUCUCGCCCUACGGGAGCAAGGCAUCUGGGAGUGAUGACAGCGACAAGUCUCGCGCCAGCCCCAGUGUCAGCUGUAAGUCCAGCUCCGAGUCCAAGGCCCUGGACAUCCUGCAGCAGCACGCCAGCCACUACAAGAGCAAAUCACCCACGAUAAGCGAGAAGACAGCUCAGGAGAGGGACCGCAGCGGCUGCGGGGUGGUAGGGGGCAGCGGGAGCUGCAGCAGCAUUGGAGGAGCCGGCGGUGGGGAGAGGAGCGCAGAGCGGCCCCGGACCUCACCAUCUCAGCGCCUGCUCUCCACGCACCACCACCACCACCAUCUCGGGUACUCGCUGCUGCCGGCGCAGUACAACCUGCCCUAUGCAACAGGUCUGUCCUCCACGGCCAUCGUGGCCAGCCAGCAGGGCUCCGCGCCCUCCCUCUACCCGCCGCCCCGCAGGACGUGACGCCGGGACCGGGCUGUGCAGCAGGCAUGUGACAGGCUCACAUGGGGACGCGCCGGAGACUCCUGUAGACAUCAGUUGAAUGGUGUUGAUUGUUCUGCUGGACGUUCUGCCGUCGUCUGAGGCAGACUGUCCUCUCCCCCGUCGGACACACACUGAGCCCCACAGCCCUUUGGUGAGCGGCAAGCCGGCACCUGCGGAAGUAUUUAUUUUCCUGGGCUCCGGCGCUCGGGAUGGGAACAGAUCGCCCACCUGGUGCAUAUGAAGAGGAAACGGAAGCACUGAGGUCUCUGGAUGAAUUUGCGGCCUCGCCGUGGGGCUGAGCAGCGUGGGGCAUGAGGCGGUGGGGCUGGGACGCUGCCUCCCGCCUCCGCGGGGCCACGGCCGGGCCGAGCCCUGCGCUACAGCAGUCUCAGGGAGCUGUGGGAGGUGAGCAGCGGGGCGGCCGCAGCUGUAGCCAUGGGGUCAGGCAGCCUCGGUGCCCCCGCAGCUGCCCCGUACGCCUCUCACAGCCCCUCGCCCCGGGCUGGGCAGCGGGACCCCCACCACCUGCCCUGCUGCCGGGGUCUCUCCCCAGUGCCUUGCGUGGCCCGGCCCCACGGCUUCCCCCUGGGCUCCGAGCUGUGCCCCCCGGGGUGCCGCUCCCCUUGCACCCUCCCCUCUCCCAUCGGCUUCCCCGGGCUGCGGGCAGAGCUCAGCGAGGAACAAGCACACUUAGGCUCUGCCCAGAGGCACGAGGUCGCUGCCGCCACUCCCUGCACCCGAGGACAGGGGCUUUCUGGUCCUCUGCCCGCCCGCCGCCCCCCGGCCAGCGCUACCUCGGCCCCACCGUCUCCCCCCGGGCCGGGGCCGCAGUGCCAUCUCCGCUGUGCGUGCGCGAGGCACCCCGGCCCCAGAGCCGCUGUACCGGGAUGCUCUGUACAUACUGUAAAAAGCAAUUGUUUGAAAGCUGUUGUUUUUGGGUUUUGUUUUCUUCCCGUCCCCCCGCUCUCCCACCUUUCCCAGCCCGAGGGAUGCCCGGCAGCACGGCGCUCCCCGAUGCCUCCCAGGUUGGCUCGUCGCUCUUCCAGCGGUUGCCCCAGAGGCAGCGGGGCCGGGGUGCUGCAGGAUCACCCCAGGGCCAGGGCCACCCCGGUAGGGCCAGCGACCGCAGGCGGAGCAGAGCGGGGCUGAGCCGUUGGUGUUGAUAGCUCUCGUUUCCAUUGGAGUUGCUGUGUUGGGUUUCAUUUCAGUCUUCCUGAUUCUGCCCUUCUGUAAAGUGUACAUUAUUACCAAGUUCCUUGUUUUUUAUAUAUAUAUAUAUAUAAAUAUAUAUAUAUACAAACUGUACUCUUCUUGCCUUUGUACAUUUGGGCAAGGAGAGAGAAUAAAUCUUUUUAAGA